UGUUGAAGAAGAUGAAGGAUGCUCACCACUUAUCGAAAAGUCUGGUAUAUAUCGAAAUUGUAUCAGAUACCUUGGAAACUUUCUGGGAUUUCUGUCAAAUUGGUUUAUACCUUUUCUGGAUAUGGAUGCUCACCUCUCUUACAAACUUAUGAUUCACGAGAAAUCGGCAAUUCCCGAAGGCAGGUUUUCCUUCCCUAACAGGUAUGGAAUGUCUCAUUUUCUUGUUUCGGAGGAUCCCGGAAAGGCAUGCAGAGUGCGUAUACUUUACUGGAAUGCCGUUUUAGAGCAUAAUCGUUGUUCACGUGAUACAUAAAAAGGGUUGCUACUGUUUGAAAGUUUUCACUUUGUUUUCUUUUAAAUCAAUCACGCCUUCUCGGAAGAGAAACUUACCUACACCAGAGAUUCCCACGGUAGCUCUGGAGUUUCGAUAUAAACUUUCCAUCUGGGCAAGUAACCUGGCAAAGAAGUAAACAGUGUAGAUGCAAAGUAAAUUUUCCUUCAUGCAGUCAUUCAAGAAAGGAAUAAGGUGUAAGUACAUUGUCAAGUAAGAGAUGACUUACACCAGCAUCUUGCUCCUUCGGCUGCUAAUCCGAAUUACCAUACAUGAGGCAGCGUACACUUUCUCCCUCAUAACGGGAGCUUCCAAUCGAGUUCUGAGGUAGCUUUUCGUAUCUGCACACCAAGGAACAAAAAUGCAAGGAAUUUCGCGGGCCGUGCGGUCAUGCCGGGAAAUACUCAAGUCUGCAAUUUUACAGCAUUCGCGUGGGGGUGAAGUUGCCGGGUUAGAAAAGAUAGUUUCGCGUUUAAAAUGGGUUACCUCUCCACCUGCACAGGAAAAGGGACUAGAGAAUGUGACUGUGGCAGAUGUACUGGCGACAAAGGGUAAUGUAGAAACCGGACCCUGGCUCUGGUGUCACACGAACGACGCAGUAAUUGAUGCAGUAAAAAACAUGGCGAAACAAAAUAUCGGGUCGUUACUGGUGCUGAAGCCAGGAGAGCAUCAGCAUAUUGCAGGAAUCAUCACAGAAAGAGACUACCUGAGGAAAGUAAUUGCACAGGAAAGAUCUCCCAUCUACACAAGAGUUGGAGAGAUUAUGACUAAUGAGAACCAAUUAAUAACAGUAACUUCCGACAUGAACGUUCUUCAAGCUAUGCAACUUAUGACAGAGAAUCACAUAAGGCAUGCUCCAGUUAUAGAUGGGAAGCUAGUUGGCAUGAUUUCGAUCAAGGAUGUAGUCCGGGCAGUGGUUGAGCAGCAAAGCGGGGAACUGAAGCGACUUACUGGGUACAUCAAAGGAGAAUACUAUUAGAAGAACAUAUCUCAGUUUAUGUUCAUCAAACUACAGUAGAGCAAAUUUCAAAACUACCUCCAACAUAAAGCUUCCUAAGACUUUCAUGUGUUAGAAGCGGAAAUUGUAGUUCAAGUGAUUAAGAACGCUCAUCCCUGAAGUCAUGUAUUCGAAUUCCCGAUCUCCAUAUAUUGCUUGAUUAAUAAAGAAUCAAUUAUAAUUUUCAA